AUGCCUUCUCUUCUAUGCUUCAAAACACUUUUGACCAACAAUUUCGGUCAUCUUCAUCUUUAUGGUUGCCACACUGUGGUGUUGUAUGCCUCUCCCCCCAUAUUAUUCUCACAGACCCUUUAUUUAGUCCUUGCGGCAGGUGAUUUUAAGCAUGCCAUUCACUCUAACUAUGCUCUCGGACGUCGUGGCCCACUAGCAUGGCUCCAGUUUCUGGACAACCAUAUGGUUGACUGUGUCACUCCUCCUGGCCAGAACCCACAACCCACCUUCUAUCGCGCCUUGUCUUCCACUACAAUCGACUAUAUUCUUGCCUCUCCUGAUCUUCACCCUCGCACUACUGACUCCCAGGCCCUUCUUUCUAAGAUUGAGAAUAGCUGUAUUCUACACAGCUCAUGCACCCUGUCCUUCCGCGGCCGUGCCACUGUCAUGAACUCUCUCAUUCUCGCCCAACUUUGGCAUGUCUUGCACGUAGUAUCCUUCCCCGUCUCUUUUCUCAAAAAAAUACGCACUCUGAUGCGCCGUUUCUUCUGCUUCUGUUCGUUCCCCCCCAUUGCUUUGGACACCCUCUGCCUUCCUUGCUUUCAAGGUGGUCUUGGCAUCCUCGACCCAAUUACACAGCAAUGCGCUCUUCAGCUUCGUUGGCUCAAGCCAAUAAUCCAGAACCCAUUGGGUCCCUGUGGUUUGGUCCCCAAAUGGAUGGCUUCUCUCCUUCGCACUGAGAAUACAGAUUGUGAUCCCCUUCUACUUUGGAUCUUCCCAGACUCUAGACCUCGCACCCAUUGCUCACUGGAUUCGCCUCUUCAUCUUGUUCUGAAGGCCAUAGACCACCUCCCGCACAAGUUUGAUGACGUCCUCACAAAUCUAUCCACAUGCCUUAUGUUGCCCUUGUCCUCCAUGGUUAACCACCUAUACCAAAUUGAUCAUAAUUUGGACGUCCUGAUGCCCAUUGCCCCUGCUAGACCUCUUCCUCGAUUUAUCACUCUUAAUUGUAUUCUACAAAGACUUCUCAACCAUUCACUUGUGGCUCACCCUAUCCUUUUCAGAGCUUGUAUUCCUACAUUCAUCCUAGAAUCGCGACAUUUGGAUAUGCCUCCUCAAGAUGGGUCCCCCUUUGACUUUGAUCCCUUCAUCUCUGCUCUGGUCCUCGGCAAACCUUGGUCACACUUGUCCACGCGCUCUUACCGGCUGACCUGUUCUCAUCAUCAUGCUAAUGCUCAACCACUUAGUCCCCAUCUUAGCCCUCGCCAACUGCACUCUUUCUGGUCUUUCGCACUUCCUUACCGGGCCCGUAAUGUUUGGUUUCGCGGCUUACACAACAAACUAUCUUGCCAAGCUCUUCUGCACCACAUUAUGCCCUUCACUGUUUCUUCACCUCUCUGCAAUAUCUGCCAGAUGUCAAUCGAGACGCAAGAGCAUUUUCUUCUUUCUUGUCCUUUGAAAUCUGUGGUGUGGUUAGGCAUUUGGUUAGAAUUUUUUGGCACCGUCCCACCACCUUCUGCACUUUCCUCGGCAUUCACAUCCUUUCUCUUCCCUCUCACGCUGAACUCUAGUAUUCCAGCCACCUCGGUUUUUGGACUGACCAUCCUUGCUAUCUGA